GUACAUUUCUAAAUAAAAUAACAACAUGAAGAUCAUUCUCUUCCUUCUCCUUAUAAUAGCCACAGGAGCAGCCGCAGCUGCUCCUGACCAAGUCAACUGUUUGAGUUGGCAUCUGGCGGUUGAAACUGACAAUAUCCGUGACUGGGAAACUGUGCCCCCUCAAUGCAAAAGCUACGUGAGUGCAUACAUGACGGGCCAGCAAUAUCGCGACGACUGCAACGUCGUGGUUAACACCGCCAUUGAGUACGCCAAGACCCUUAAUGUUUCCAAAGAAGGCAAGGACCUUUGGGUCUUUAAUGUUGACGAAGUCACUCUCUCUAAUGUUCCUUAUUUUUCUCGACCCACGGUCGGCUUUGGGGCAAGAAAAUCCAACGUUGGUAAGAAGUAUGAGUCGUGGAUUAAAGAAGGAAAAUCACCAGCAGUGCCGGGCGUUCUCAAUCUGUACAAAACUUUGUUGGAUUUGGGUAUUAAACCAAUAUUUAUCACAGACACAGAGGAAGAAUUUAGACAAGUGAGAAUGACCAACCUAAAGAAAGCUGGCUACAAUUCAUGGUUCAAAUUCAUUUGCAAGGGGAAAAAUGAUACAUAUUCAAGAGGAUAUUCAGAAUAUUACGAUACUAACUGGAAAAGUAAGAAAAGGGCUGCGUUGGUGAAAAGUGGAUAUAGACUUGUUGGCAACUUAGGAGGGUGGUGGGAUAUUUAUGGUGACUUCUUGUUGCGCACUUUCAAAAUGCCGAAUCCUAUGUACUACUUCUAAGUGCUGAAACUAAUUAUCUAGCCAUUUCUAAAUAAGGCUCUCUGGAAUGUAUUUCAGAAUGCCAUGUUUGAUAUUAAUGUUAAGCAAUUCACGUUCCGCAUUUGUUGCUUAUAGAUCCUCUUUUC